UGGCGGCGCCGACGGCCCUGUGAGAGCAAAGCUGUCGCGGGGCCCGCCAUGCGCCGGCGGCCCUGACAUGGGCGCCAGCGGCUCCAAAGCUCGGGGCCUGUGGCCCUUCGCCUCGGCGGCGGGGGGCGGCGGCCUGGAGUCAGCUGUCGCUGAGCAAGCUUUGGUGCGACCGCGAGGCCGAGUCGUGCCCCUCUUCGUAUUCACGCGCCGCGGCUCCAUGUUCUAUGACGAGGAUGGGGAUCUGGCUCACGAGUUCUAUGAGGAGACAAUCGUCACCAAGAACGGGCAGAAGCGGGCCAAGCUGAGGUGGGUACAUAAGAACCUGAUUCCUCAGGGCAUCGUGAAGCUGGAUCACCCCCACAUCCACGUGGAUUUCCCUGUGAUCCUCUAUGAGGCGUGAGCCUGGGGGG